AUGGCCCGACGAUCCAAGAAAUCAGCAGGACCACCUAUUGGUGACAUAGAGUGGACCACACCACUCACUUGGUUGCUCCUUGCUCAGGCCGAGAAAGCAGAGAAUAGGAAGAUGCUACUUGGGGAAAAAAAGGACGAAAAUACAUUGAAGGAUACAAAGAUUGCAGUCUUCAAGUGCAUUGGAUCUGUUAUCCUUGCGGACCUGUAUGCCAUCAACCCUGACGCAGUUGGGGACCGCGUGAAGAAACGGUUCGACUACCUUGUCAAUCGUUACAAGCAUCAUGCACGCCGGCUCAGAACUACAGGCGAGGGCCUCCAAGAUGACAAUUUGGGAGAUGAACCUGACGAGGAGCAUUUCAAUCACUAUGUCCCUACUUCUGGCCCAGAUGACUCGACUCCGACGCACAUCAAGAGCAUAUGGGGUGAGUAA